AUGGAAAACUUAUGCCCUCCACCUCCUUCCCAAAUGAAGGAUUUUUCCACUCCUCCAAGAAACAGGCAUCGUCACAAAAGAUCCUUUGCUAUAUCUGGAGAUUUUGAAUUCUUAAAACAACCUGCCUCUGCGCCUGUUUUGCCUUCUGCGUACGACUCACCUACCUUCGAAAAUACACCAAGAAGAGUAAGCGGUAUGAGCGUAACAAUGCCUGAUGAAUCUCAAAAUGAAUCAGCAUUACUAAACUCACCAAGCCCAAGGUUUUUUAUUAGCGAAGCAUCCACAUAUUCAUCACCAAUUAAAGGAGUGCCGGACGCUAUCAUUAAUUUGGAUGAUGUGCUCAUUAAUAAACCAAAAAUGUGUAGAUCACAUCGCAAAACCAAAUCAGUACCAGUAAAAUUGGACGAAUUUUAUUCCUCCCAUAAAUGUAGCUCAGUACCAGAAUUAACUAUAAAUGAAGAAAUAGAUGAAGAUGACACCAACCCUCAGUUGCUGGAGCCCGUAAAACCAUUAUCAUCAACUUCUCUAUCUACUGAUAUGAAUGAAGAUAAAAAAAUGACACUAAAAAAUGCCAGGAGCCAUAACUCGUUAAAAAUUCAGGCACAAAAGCAAAGGUACUACAACUCAGCAAGGUAUCUGCCUUUGAAUAGUGAGGACCGAGCAACAGAUCCACAAAUUUUAACGAAGCAAAGCUCUGUUACGUCUUUAUUUUCUUCUAGGUCAAUUACACCUGUAUCUUGUAACAUUAACAAUGCGGGUAGAAUCAAUGCAAUCAGUGGUAAUUAUCUAGAUGACGUCCUUUAUGACCUUGACACCCCUGCCACAACUCUAAUUCAGGAUAUUGAUAACCUUCAAACUAGUAUCAACGAAAGGGUUAGGUUGUCACCACAAUCCUCGUCGAUAAAAAAGUAUUUUUCCAAAGAUGGAAAAUCUGUUAGCAGCUUCAAUUUCCAGUCUCAGGAGUGCGAUAUGGUAUCUUUUACUGAGGAUUUUGCCCAUGUAACAUCAUUGUCUUCUUCUAUUCUUGACUCUGAGAAACAAACAGACGACGAAGAAGAAGAGAGUAUUCCGGAAGAAAUACUACGAGGAGAACCCCUCCACGUAUACAACGAAACUAGUGGAUCUGAUAAAAGUGUCAUUUUGCCGACGAAACAAAAAUCUGCUCCCAUUAACAAGGAUAGUAAGCACAGUUCAACUCAGUAUGAAGAAAAAUCUUUUAAGAAGAAUAGAAAGUUCAAAAUUUUCGCCAAGUUAUUCUGCACUAGGAAAUAG